AAUGCCAGAAAAGACAGAAGACAACGUGUUGAAAGAAGCAUGCAGUCUAUGAUCUAUACGGAUUAUCCAGGAGAAGAUCUCUUACCUCGGCACUCUUGGCGGUGGACUGCGCCUCGUUCUGCGGAUCAAUCCCGCACUAGCCACAAACUACUGCAUCCAUAUCAAUCAUAUGAAUGUGCGUGCAAUGGCUUCAAGACACUGCAACAGGUCCCGCCGACGCAUUCAACACGUAUUCCACUGAAUCACCUCCUGCCACGGCCAUUCCGCUGCUGUUCUAGCUGUUGGCAGAGACGCCAUGGCGCGUCACAGGCGGCUGUCAAAUGCCUCCUCUGCGUCUUCUCUCCCAGAGCGACAUCAGGAGCUUGAUAGCAUGUACGAUUACUUAGCGAAGGUGAUUCUACUUGGACCAAGCGGCGCUGGAAAAUCUUGCCUCCUACAUCGUUUUGUGAAAAAUGAGUGGCGCGUGCUCUCCUCUCAAACAAUCGGCGUCGAAUUCUCGUCAAAAAUUGUAAAGAUAGGAACCGGCUCACGCUGGAAACGGAUAAAACUACAGCUAUGGGAUACAGCAGGUACUGAGCGAUUCCGCUCCGUUUCGCGUUCGUACUACCGCGGGGCUGCCGGCGCAAUCCUUAUCUACGACGUCGGAUCACAUGCUUCCUUCUCCGCCCUCCCAACCUUCCUCAUGGAUGCUAGAGCACUUGCUUCCUCGAAUCUAACGAUCCUCCUGGCCGGAAACAAAAGCGACCUUCUUUCCCAAGACACGAUGUCCCUGGGCGGAGGGGACUACGGCGAUGACUUCCAGCGUCCACCCCCGACACCGUCAAGUACAUCGAGCAAACAGGUUCCGUUCUCCUUCGAAUCUGGUGGAGGUUCACUGCGAUCCAUCAACGGGCCGCCAGUGGGUACGAGGAUGACCGCCACGAUAACUGCGGAAGGGCGCGAGGUGGCGUUAGAAGAAGCGUCGCGGUGGGCGGCGAAAUCGAAUAUACCCGUUGCAGUGGAAGUAUCGGCUUUAACGGGGGAUAAUGUGGACGAACUUUUUAACAGGCUUGCGCGAAUUAUCCUCACUAAAAUCGAAUUGGGCGAGAUAGACCCUGAUGAUCCUCAGAGUGGUAUUCAGUACGGGGAUGGGGGAAUGUAUGGUACUGGUACGAGCGAUGGAGGUAGCGUGCGGAGCGGGAUCACGAUCGAUGACUCUAUGACGCAGAUGCGGAGAAGGAAAACGCGGAGCCGCGGAGCGGGGAGUGGAUGGGCAGCAGGAAUGAGGGAGUGGGAGGAUGUGUUUAGGCUGGGCGGAUCGAAUACGAGGAGGGGUAGAUGUUGUUAAUAUUCCGCGGCUGUUGUGGAGUAGGUAAUCCUGUUGGAAGUUCACGGUCCUCUACCUGGUGUGGACUAGCUCAGGGCAGAAAUCCCGGCUUGGACAUGACAUGCCGUUGGUCUGCUAACCCAUCCGUCCCCAUACUUCGAUUGCGUUCCCUCCUGAACUCUCCCGGCAUCUCAUUUUACCUCUUCCUCCUUUACUCUUUACGCAUCCGAUGUCUAUACCGAUCUCUACUUCUCCGAUAUUGAUGAUGCUUUCUUCUUAUCCUCCUUGCUUUCCUUUUUCUUCUUCAAUUAUCUGCAUAUCCGCCACACCUGUAUUCUGCUUUCCUCAGCACUAUAUUGUACGCACGCUACACCGCAUGGUACCCGUCAUUUACCUUUGCAUAUCUGCAUUUUGCACCAAGCACUCGCUCCACACUAAUACACAGAACCAUCCACCAAUGACUCUGAAAAUACGCCAUAUUUGCACUUGUACGUUUCAUCUUCAUAGCUUCUCCCUAUUCUCACUACCUCAUUGCCACUAUCAUUGCCACUAUCACAAUGUACUACUUGUUUUCAUUUUAACUUAUCCGGAGUCAGGGAUAGGAUGCCAUUCGCUUUUGCCUUCCAUGCCACUUCUUCUUCUUCUUCUUCUUCUUCUACUGUUGUCACUUUUUAUGUCAAUACCCUUUUUCUUUCAUGCGUCGCCCAAUGAUCAUGCCAACAUGCCGUACAGUCCAUAGCCACAUAUAUUUAAUCAAUAAUUAACGAUUAGGAACCGGGUCGGGGGGAAACCGUGUAGGUUCUAUCUUACAUUGACUUGUUGAACGGAUUUCUACUUAGACAUAUGACAGAGCAAGUGAAGCGAAUAGAGAAAUAUCAAUGCCUAUUCAUUGCGCCUGGGAUCAUAUUUAAAUGCGUGAAAACGACCUGAGAAAGUGUGCUGAAAUUUUGAAAAAAGCGAGAUACCAUUGAUCGCGUUUUCUCUACUACAACCCAACAAUAAUUCAAUACUCCACACCACGAAUGAGUGUCUUAAUCCCCUUCCCUCCUUUCACAUCUAGAAUCGCCUUCUCCGCUUCCUCGAAUGCUACCAUCCCCGUCACCAACUUUUUAACAUCCACCUUCCCCUCCCCCACCAGCGUCAGCGCCAACUUAUAAUCACCACUACCAUACCGGAAACUACCACGAACAUCCACCUCCUUCGUGCAAACCGCCAUAAUCGGGAACGAAAUCACAUCCCUCCCCAUCCCCCCUUGCACAUACGUUCCGCCAGUCUUGAGCACAUGGAUACCCGUAUGCACAGAUGACUCCGCCCCUGACGCAUCAAUGACUACAUCCGCCCCGCGACCCAGCCCAUGCUGCACCCGUAGCCGCUCCGCAUUCUUCUCCGCACUCUCCUCCCUAGCCGGCUCAUAGACACCCGUAGCCGCAUACUGGGCCGCAAACUGCAACCGGGCCGGCUGGAUAUCAACCGCAAUGACCUUCGAUGCCCCAAACGCCCUCGCAACCGCACAACACAGCAAUCCCACGGGCCCCACGCCAAAUACAACCACAGAAUGACCCGGCUGCACACGCGCCUGCUUUGUAAUAUGUACAGCAACGCUGAGCGGCUCCAUCAGCGCGCCCUCGUCGAGCCCAACGUUCUCGGGUAGCUUGUGGCAGAAGUCUUCGGGGAGGACGUAGUAUUUGGCCAACGUGCCAUCGAUGGGCGGCGUGGCGGCGAAGGCCAUACGGAGGCAUAGAUUGUAUUUGCCGCUGAGACAGGGCUCGCAGCGGCGGCAGGGAAUCCCUGGUUCGAGCGCGACGGGGUCGCCUGGUUGUAGGCUUGUGACGGCUGAGCCGAUGGAGGUGACUAUACCGCUGGAUUCAUGGCCGAGGACCAUGGGGGAAGUUAGGAUGAAGGGGCCGAUGGAGCCGUGUUCCCAGUAGUGGACCUGUGGGUUGACUUAGUGAGAGUUGUGCUACGUGCUUUUAUUUUCUUUUUGAGGCUUAGUUGAAAGGAGGCAUGUAUGCUUUGGACGUACGUCGCUGCCACAAAUACCGGUGUAUUUGACGUGGACCUGCACAUCGUGAGGGUCUUUGAUGGCCGGGACGGGUCUAUCUUUAUAGGAGACUUUCUUUAUGCCUUCGAGGAUGAAGGAGAGGUUCUACACCCCGUAAUGCGUUUCUAAUUAGCACGCCGCCUCGUAUCAUUAGGUAGAAUAGAAAAGUAUGUUAUUAUAAGGAAAUCUAAUGGAUCCGUGGAGGGAAUGCAACAAUAAGCCGUUCGAUUGCGUUCUAUACGCAGGCUGACAUUUGAACCUACCUGUGGGGGUUCGCUAGGCAUGCUUGUUCGAUAUGGUGAGUGUUAAUAUGUACGUUGUAUUGGCAAACCAAAUUUAAAUACAAUUAAAUUUAUAUAUACAAGUGGGAGAAAUGAAUUGAAGG